AUGCGUCGAACAGGUGCCGGGCGGCGGUGGUGUCGCCGGCACGGGAGUACACGCCGAGCAGGGCGGUGCCCACGUAGGGGUCGCCGGCGAGGCCGAGGCGGAGGGCUUGCGAGUGGAGGGCCUUGCCGGCGGCGAGGGAGCAGGCGGCGAGGGCGGCGGAGAAGGUGA